AUGGCCUUUCUCACCGCGCUCGGCGCGCUGGUCGCCCUCCUCGCAGCAGCGUACACUCAUCUCUUCAUUUACAAACAGUGGACCUUACCAUGCAGGAACGUCAAGGGACCUGAACCCGUCAGCUUGCUCUUCGGUAAUCUACUCCACCUCGUCCGCCACCAUGAUCUCGCUCAGCAAAUGGCGGAUUGGGCCAAAAUUUACGGUCACACCUAUAGGUACCGCGUCCUCCUCGGCAAGCCUCGGAUCUGCACCAUCGACCCAGCCGCCAUCAACUACAUCCUAUCUCAUACCGAGAUCUUCGUCAAGCCUUCGGCCGGUCGAAAAUAUCUCGCCUCGUUCUUGGGCAACGGCCUGCUCGUCGCCGAAGGGGCGGACCACAAGCGUCAGCGACGCGUUCUCAAUCAGUGCUUCAACCAGCAGGCAAUCAAGGAUCUCCUCCCUAUCUUCUACGACAAGGCUGAGGAGCUUUCCGAGAAGCUGCUCGGGCUGGUCGAGGAGGACCCGCAGAACGAGGCGGCUCCAACACCGACCAAACCGGAGGGCAUACAGAUCGGCGGCCGCAAGAUCGACGUCAUGAAGUACAUCGCCAUGUGUACUAUCGACAUCAUCGGUUUGGCCGGUUUCGGUUACGAGCUGGACUCGCUCAGCGGGACCAAGAACGAGAUGGCCGAGGCGUUCAAAAAGAUGUUCUCCAGCUUUGGUCCCUUGGCGAUCGUCCAAGCUCUGAUUCCCGGUGCGAGUCUUAUCCCAACCAAAAACAUGAAGGACCGAAGAGCUAGUCUGGCGACGACUGAGCGUGUGGGACGUCGUCUUCUCGCUGAGCGCAAGGCCGCUGUCCACGCAGAUCACGUCGAGAGUGUCAAUAAGAUCGAUGUAGUGGGCAAAGAUCUACUCUCGGUCUGCGUCCGGGCCAAUAUGGCGGCCGACCUCAAGCCUGAGAAUCGCCUGAGCGACAAGGAGGUGCUCGAUCAAAUCUCGACAUUCAUGUUUGCCGGAAACGAGACCACUUCGACCGCCCUCACCUGGACACUCAGCCUGCUCUCUCGCCACCCUGAGAUCCAAGAUCAGCUUCGCGAGGAGUGUCUUGCUGUGUCCACCCCGAGGCCCUCGUUCGAGGAGAUCUCGGCUAUGCCCAUACUCGCGGGUGUCGUUCAUGAAGGGCUUCGCCUGUACCCUCCCGUCCCCGUGCUCAUCCAGGAGGCGCAGCAGGACACCAUUAUCCCUCUCGACACGCCGAUCGAGGGCAGGAAUGGGCAGAUGAUGGAUCACAUCAAAGUGUCGAAGGGGACUGCUUUCACCACCGCUUACAGCAACGUGCACUGCGCUGAGCGGACAUGGGGUACCGAUGCGGCCAGCUUCAGGCCCUCUCGCCACUUCCAGGCCAAGGCGGAGAGCGAGGGUAAGGGGUCCGAGGCGUCGGCUGGAGGCGUAUGGGGCAACAUCCUCACCUUCUCUGGCGGCGUGCGAGGCUGCAUAGGCUACCGUAUGGCUACCGGAUGA